AGGGAAAAGCCCUUCAGGUGCUUGGAAUGUGGGAAGAGCUUCAGGCAGAGCACCAACCUCCUCAGGCACCAGCACAUCCACAGUGGGGAACGGUCCUACACGUGUAGGGAAUGUGGGAAGAUCUUUAGUGACAGCUCCACCCUCCGCAACCACCGUCGCAUCCACACUGGGGAACGGCCCUACAUGUGUGGGGAGUGUGGGAAGAACUUCAAACGGAGCUCCCACCUCGUCAGCCACCAGAUGAUCCACAGUGGGGAAAGGCCCUACACAUGUGGGGAGUGUGGGAAGAGCUUCAGGAAGAGCUCCAACCUCUGCACCCGCCAUCGCAUCCACAGUGGGGAACAGCCCUACACGUGUGGGGAAUGUAGGAAGAGCUUCAGCACAAGCACCAACCUCCUCAUCCACCAGCUCAUCCAUGCUGGGGAACGGUCCUCCACAUGUAGGGAAUGUGGGAAGAGCUUCAAACGGAGCUCCUACCUGCUCCGACACCAGAUGAUUCACAGUAGAGAAAGACCCUACAUGUGUGGGGAAUGUGGAAAGAGCUUCAACCAGAGCUCCCACCUCCUCAUCCACCAGCACACCCACAGUGGGGAAAGACCCUACAGGUGCUUGGAGAGUGAGAAGAGCUUCAGCACAAGCACCAAACUCCUCAGCCACCAGCACAUCCACAGUGGGGAACGGCCCUUAACGUGUAGGGAUUGUGGGAAGAGCUUCAAACGGAGCUCCCAUCUGCUCCGACACCACAUGAUCCAUACUGGGGAAAGGCCCUACACAUGUGAGGAGUGUGGGAUGAGCUUCAAUGAGAGCUCCCACCUGCUCCGACACCAGAUGAUCCACAGUGGGGAAAGGCCCUACAUGUGUGGGGAAUGUGGGAAGAGCUUCAUUGAGAACACCAGCCUCCUCAGCCACCAGCUCAUCCACACCGGGGAACGGCCCUACAAAUGUAGGGAAUGUGGGAAGAGCUUCAAGGACAGCUCCACCUUCUACACCCACCGUCACAGCCACACAGGGGAACGGCCCUACAAGUGCUUGGAAUGUGAGAAGAGCUUCAUCAAGAGCACUGACCUCCUCAGCCACCAGCACAUCCAUACUGGAGAACGGCCCUACACGUGUAGGGAUUGUGGGAAAAGCUUCAGAGACAGCUCCACCCUCCGCACCCACCGUCGCAUCCACAGUGGGGAACGACCCUACAAGUGCUUGGAAUGGGGGAAGAGCUUCAGUGACAGCUCCAACCUCCACAAGCACCAGUGCAUCCACACCGGAGAGAGGCCCCACAAAUGCAGGGAGUGUGGGAAGAGCUUCAUCCGGAGGGCUGCCUUGACCAAACACCAACGGAGCCACCCAUAA